CCAAAUAUACAGCAGGGAUCAGGGUCGGAACUGAACCAACACCCUCCUGUAUAUCAGGCGAGGCAGAUAAAUAUCUUUGAGCCACCAACUUGUGCACUAAGAUGUAGGAUGGGUUUAUCUCUCGAUACUCACCUCACAAGUGAGCCAUCGCACUGAUUCAUAUUAACAAAAUCAAAACGUUAUUUAUUUGAAUAUAUCUUUAAACAGUAAGAUUCCUUCGAUGCACUUUGUUCAUGUAAAUGUGUGCACAGUCGCCGUGUUCACCUUGAGGCUGUUGUUUGUGCACCUUGGGGUGAGUGGGUUCAAAUUCCAGGGAGUGUAUCGUGAAGUCAAUGACGACAAUUAAAGCAAUUUUACUUCCUUGUUCACCGUUGCUAUGAGAGACACGUGCUGGAUCAGCGUUUCUGAGCCACACAGCGAGCGAUCCCAGCGUGGAUAACGAGCCACUGCUGCCACUGCUGCGCUGCUCCAUCUGCCUGGAGGCGUUCGUCCGCCCCUCCACGCUGAGCUGCGGCCGCUCGUUCUGCCCGCGGUGCCUGGAGGCUGCCCGGGAGACGUCGAGCGGCUUCAGCUGCCCGCGGUGCCGAGCGGCGUUCCCUGUGCGACCCCAGCUGAGGAGGAACGUGACCCCUCGCCAAACCUGGCCGAACGGCUCAGAGCUGGAGUCUCGAUGGCCGCGGCCGUCGUGUGUGACAACUGCGGUGAUGGCCAGACCCCUGCAGUGAGGACCUGCCUGAGAUGUGAGAUGUCCUUCUGUGCGACGCACUUGAGGCCUCACGUGGAGAAUCUCAGGUUGAGUGACCACGUCCUGGUGGCUCCCAUCGAGAACCUGGUGGGGCGACAGUGCCGGCAGCACAGACAGGAGCUCAUUCUUUACUGUGAACAGGACGAGCGCCCGGUCUGCACACUCUGCAUCAUUGCUAGGGAACAUAGAGGGCAUGAGGUCGUUCCAGUGGAACAUGCACAACAGACAAAACAGGUGAGAUAUAAAUCCAUCACCUCAAUCGUCUCCUUCAAGAGAAACGAGGCGCUCAGACACGAGAUGACGGGGAGGGAGGAGAAGAAGACUACGGCAGAAUCACGGAUAGGGCAGCUCAGGGGUGACUACAAUCGCGUGCAGGAGUCUCUGCGCGGGACCAAGGCGCGGAUCAGCCGAGAGUUUGAGCGCCGGAGGGAGCAGCUGAGGGAGGAGGAGAGGGAGGCACUGGAGCGCGUGGACGAGGAGGGCCGCUCCGUGCUGUCCCGCAUCCAGGCGGACAUCGAUCGCUACGAGAGCAGAGCACGCGGACUGCAGCGGGAGAUCAACCAGCUGCUCGCCGCCCUCGCCGUGCAGAACCCGCUCACAUUCCUGCAGGAUCCCCUGCAUGAGAGUCUCAGGAGGAGCUCCGUCUCCCAGGAGACUCAGGAUGACCCAGCCCCCGUCUCGCACAGUUUGAACCUCGCAAAAUUCAUCUCAGCACUGCUCGUGCCGCUACUGCGCACGCGUCGCCGUGACCGCUGUGCGGGCGUCUUCGCUGUCUUCGCCACAGAUGGACGCUCACCGACUCUGGACGCAAACUCAGCCCACGACGGCCUCCGGAUUUCCUCGGAUCUCAGGACGGUGACGGUGAGCGAUGUCCCCCAGGGUCGCCCCCAUCACCCACACCGCUUUGAUGUCUGGUCACAAGCGCUGUGCUCUGAGAGCCUCUCGUCGGGUCAGCACUACUGGGAGGUGGAUGUGGGGAGCUCGUGGUCGUGUGAUGUUGGAGUCGCGUACGGGACGAUCCCACGGAGAGGGCGUGGUGCUGAGUGCGGCCUGGGAGGGAGCGACGUCUCCUGGUGUCUACUGAAACGUGGCUCCAGAUUCUCAGUGCGGCAUGGCGGGGUAGUGACGUCACUGUCGGUGCCGGAACCUCCGCGGAGAGUCGGGGUCCACCUGGACUGGGACGCGGGGCUGCUGUCGUUUUACAGCGCAGACUCCAUGGCGCUGUUGCACUCGUUUCACCAAACAUUCACUCAGCCCCUACACCCUGGGUUGGGAGUGGGGCUGGGAGUAGGGUGGUUGGGGUUUGUGGAGCUUGUGAUGUCGCACUCUACAUUUGGUGGGUCAGUGAGGAUCGUGGAUCUGAGUGGCGCGUCCUGAGAGAGGUGAACGCGAACAGCGCAGAGGGCAGACGCCACGA